UUCAGCUGCCUGCAGAGAAAAGCUGCACACCGGUAGUGCGGCUUGUGUCCUUCAAAGCUGUUGAACUUGCCCUUCAUUCAUGAAGUUUGCGAGUGCGUGUGCUGAGUUUUAAUGCUGGUGUUGGGUUGAAACCCCGUCAGCUGUCUUUGCGGAGAGUUUUAAACACGAACUGCGGUAAUGGAGUGCCGUGUGUUGUCCAUUCAGAGUCAUGUUGUCAGGGGAUACGUGGGGAACAAGUCGGCAACGUUUCCCCUUCAGGUGCUGGGCUUUGAAGUGGACUCCAUCAACUCGGUGCAGUUUUCCAAUCACACAGGUUAUCCCCACUGGAAGGGACAAGUCCUGACUGCAGAGGAGCUGAAUGUUUUGUAUGAAGGCAUCAAGCUGAAUAACGUGAACCAGUAUGAUUACAUCCUCACAGGGUACAGCAGAGACACAUCUUUCCUGGAAACAGUGGUUGAUAUUAUCAAGGAGCUGAAGAAGGCCAAUCCCAGUUUGGUCUAUGUUUGUGACCCUGUUAUGGGAGAUCACGGUGCUAUGUACGUUCCAGAGAACCUGCUGCCCGUCUACAAGAACAAAGUCGUGCCUUUGGCAGACAUUCUUACCCCGAACCAGUUUGAAGCAGAGUUGCUAACUGGGAGGAAGAUUUCCACUGAGCGCAACGCUAUCGAGGUGAUGGAUUUGCUUCACAAAAUGGGUCCAGAGAAGGUGGUCCUUACUAGCACGGAUCUGCCCUCUAAACAGGGGGACCAGUUCCUGGUGGCCUUCGGGAGCCAGAAUAUAAGAAAACCAGAUGGGACCAGCAUUAGUCAGAAAAUUUGUUUGGACAUCCCUAAAGUUGACGCUGUGUUUGUGGGGACGGGGGACCUGUUUGCUGCCAUGUUGCUGGCCUGGACUCACCAUCACCCAAAGGACCUAAAGAUUGCCUGUGAAAAGACUGCUUCAGUGAUGCACCAUGUCAUUAUGAGGACCAUCACUUAUGCCAAUGAGGUGGCUGGUCCUGGGAACAAACCCAGUCCUGCUCAGCUGGAGCUGAGAAUGGUCCAGAGCAAAGCUGAUAUCGAGAAUCCUGCGAUCAUAAUAGAAGCAACGGUUUUACAAACAUCCUCGGACCAAAAGCAGUAGACUUUCUGUGAGCGUUCACAUGUCGUAACAAAUCCGCAUGGUCAUUCCGGACCCUUUUAGGAUUCUCACACAAGACAGUCUCGUGUCUCUGCCUUAAAAAAAACUCCAAGAGAGAAAACCACAUCACCAGGAUGGGCUGUAUGUAGUUUCUCCUCACAAACACACUGGUACCACUGCCGUUUGUGUCUCUAUGACAUCAUCUGCCCCUCAACAAAAACAAAACAACUGCAUUUAGGUUUCAGAAGGAGUAACGUGUGUUGGAAUAGAUUUUAUUAAAGUGAAAAGUAAGUCCUUUUUAUGAUACGACUCAUUCCAGAUUUCCAGAAGAAUGUUGAUUUGUGCAUGACCAUGUGACCAGUAGAUAAGGACUGCUCACACGGCAUUGUAAGCACGCGUGUGGUUAGAUCAGAACAUACUCAACAGACGUAACACAGAUGAAAAUGUACUUCUACAAAAGCAUGCCGUGUGCUUAAGAUGCUCCUGUUUGUUUUAAAGCCUCAGUAAAUAAUCAUAGAUAUGUAUUCUUAUGCAGAAGUGUCCUAGUUUCACUAACCUGGUUCAUUUCACUUUUAGAACAGAUGUAACUUAAAUGAUGAAAGUGUCACUAGCUGAUGUGAGAAAUCUUAUUAAAUCAACUUAUUUUUGAAUUGCUGUUUUUAAAUUAUGCAACGCUCUGUUGAACUAGCAGGUGUGCAACGUGUUAGACCCAUGUUCUAUCUCAAAUUGAGGUAUUUGCACAGAUAAUUCUUAAUAUAUUUGUUAAUGAUGCAGAAUAUUUCCGCUUUGGGGUUGUUGUCGUAUCUCACUAGAAGAGUCUAUGAGACCACGGCGUUGAGCCUUAACAGGGUUAGUGAAUGUUUUUGUGCACUAAAAAGCAGAUUUCACACAUAGUGUUAGUGAGUCAAGUGCCAAACCUUUAACUGUUGCUCUGUUGGAGAUAAUAAAUGACUAAUAUUUUACUGAAA